GUCAGGCCAGUCCCGGCAUGCUGCGCGGCGGCCGGCGGCGGAGCACAGUCGAGCGGCAUUCUCGUCGCGAGCAGCCCGCCGCGCUCCGUCCCGCCGCUGUCUAGUCUCCUCGCUCGGCCGCUCCCCCGCCGUCCGCCCUCACCGGCCCGAUCGCUCUCCCGUCCGCCUCCAAGCGCCCCCCCAGCCCUCCCGCGAGGGCGCACCGGGACGGAAGGAGCCAGCAGCCUGUCGGCGCCCGCCGUUCUCGUGGUCGCCGUCGCCGUCGUGGUCGUGGUGGUGUCCGCCGUCGCCUGGGCCAUGGCCAACUACAUCCACGUCCCGCCCGGCUCCCCCGAGGUGCCUAAGCUGGACGUCACGGUGCCGGACCAGGAGGAGCAGCGCUGCCGGGAGGGGGCCCUGAGCCUUCUGCAGCACCUGCGGCCGCACUGGGACCCCCAGGAGGUGACCCUGCAGCUUUUCACAGAUGGAAUCACGAAUAAACUUAUUGGAUGUUAUGUGGGUAACACAAUGGAUGAUGUAGUCCUGGUGAGAAUUUAUGGCAAUAAAACUGAACUGCUCGUCGAUCGAGAUGAGGAAGUGAAGAGUUUCCGAGUGUUGCAGGCUCAUGGUUGUGCACCACAACUUUACUGUACCUUCAACAAUGGACUGUGCUAUGAAUUUAUACAGGGAGAAGCUUUGGAUCCACAGCAUGUGUGCAACCCAGCUAUUUUCAGGCUGAUAGCACGUCAUCUUGCUAAAAUCCACGCUAUCCAUGCACAUAAUGGCUGGAUUCCUAAAUCAAAUCUGUGGCUGAAGAUGGGAAAAUAUUUCUCUCUCAUUCCCACAGGAUUUGCAGAUGAAGCCAUUAAUAAAAGGUUCCUAAGUGAUAUUCCAAGCUCUCAGAUUCUUCAGGAAGAGAUGACUUGGAUGAAAGACAAACUGUCCAACCUGGGCUCACCUGUUGUACUUUGUCAUAAUGAUCUAUUGUGUAAGAACAUAAUCUACAAUGAGAAACAAGGUGAUGUACAGUUCAUAGAUUAUGAAUAUUCUGGAUACAACUAUGUGGCAUAUGAUAUUGGAAAUCAUUUCAAUGAAUUUGCAGGUGUCAGUGAUGUAGACUAUAGUCUCUAUCCAGAUAGAGAACUGCAGAGUCAAUGGCUUCGUUCUUAUCUUGAAGCUUACAAAGAAUAUAAGGGCUUUGCCAACUUAGAAGUUACUGACACAGAGGUGGAAGUACUCUUCAUGCAAGUCAAUCAGUUUGCAUUGGCUUCUCAUUUCUUUUGGGGACUAUGGGCUUUAAUUCAAGCCAAAUACUCUACUAUUGAGUUUGAUUUUCUUGGGUAUGCAAUUGUUCGUUUCAACCAGUACUUUAAAAUGAAGCCUGAAGUUACUGCAUUAAAAGUGUCCCAGUAGAGAAGAGAUUUCAUUAUUCUCCAAUCUGUGAACAACGCUUGUGAAUCUCUUCUUAAGAAAUCCAAAAGCCAAUAUUUGUUAAAAUUCUGUUACUUAAUUUGGUUAUCUUGCUUUAUGAAUUAUGCUUCUAAACAACCAAUUUGUUUUCUACAUAGACUGAAUGAUGUCAAGAAAUAUACCUAUUGCUAUCAAUAUAUGAUGUACAAGAAAUUUGUUAAAUCUGCAGAAGGUAUAAAGAUGUCAGUUUAAUCCUUUUGUUGAUAAUUUAAUCUAUGUUAUGUGAAUAAUUUAUUAUAAACAACAAGAUUCUGUGACUGUUUUCAUCUGUUUGUAGAGUAUAAAUAAUGAGAAGGUUCCAGAAAAAAAUGUUUUUUUCUUUUUUUAAGUUUCACCUUAAUAAGAUUAAUUUCAGUAAAAGGUUAUAGGUAUGUAGUGUACCUCUUAACAUACUGCAAGUAAACUGAAUCAUUUACUCUUGAAAUGCCAGGCACUGGUAUAGAUAACUUAGGAUGUUCAUAGAAAAAUAGCUGCUUAGGAAGAUGUAGUACGUUCACCAUUUAUGCUAGUGGUACCUUUAUGAAUUGAAUAUUGGAAAGUGUUUUUUAUUUUGUAGGGACUAUAUCUUAGAUUUAAAUUUCCCUUUUAUAGUCUGGCAGUAUGAAUAUUAAUAUUUACUACCCAAACCUGGGAUGGAAAUGAUUUCAUGUUACCAAAAACCUGCAUUAGAUAAUAUUAAUAGUUUUACUAAAUACAGUCAUUUAAGCUACCAGCUUAUAUCUAAACUUUUACUAUAGCAAAUUGUUCCUAACCAAAAGUUUUGUUUAAAUUACUGAGAUCUCCUGUUUUGUUACUAAAUAGCAGCUAGUAGAGAAAUUACUAAUACUUGUUGGAAAAAUAAGAUAUUAUACUUGGGAACAAGAAAAUAUCACAGUUUUAUUAUUUUAAAUCUUGAGUCAUUCCUUACAUUUGAUUUCAUGUUUUACUUUCAGUGUCUUCAGAAUAUCAUAUGAUUAGUUGAUAUGUGUAGGUUCAGAGAAAUAUGUUGAAAGUGUUAAAAAAUUACACAAAGAAAACGUAGGACAUUAGUCUUGUACACUUAAAAGCUGAUAGAGCAAAAUGUGAAUUAAGUAGAGACACUUAUGGUAGGAGGACCUCUGUUUUGAUUUGUCUUGAUUUUGCUUGCAUGUAUUUUAAUUUUGCUUGGAUAUGAAAAGGUGACAGUUAUAUGGAAGGAAGUUUAGACCUUUGAGGUAGAUAUGUAGGCUUCACAUUUUGGAGACUGGUAUGGAAUUGAACAGUCAUGGUUAACUUAGAAAUUUAGUCUGACAAGCUUUGCACUUUGGCCACAUAAGUGCCCAUGUACAAAGUUGGCUUCAUGAAUCUGCAUAUCCAGAAUAUGCAAUCAUAAACUUACCCUCUGGAGUUUUCUGGAGAGUCAGAUGUAAUUCCAAAUGACUUAUAUUCAUAGAUAAGCGCUUUAAAAUACUUGGAUUAUCUCAAGAUGUUUAAGGCUAAUAGAGUGGAAACAGUAAAAGACCAUUUUUAAAUGGUAAACCCAAGUUACCUGAACAGGAUCUUCAAGUCUUUUUGUCUCUGUAACAGUGUUAGAUCAAGAUAUGUUUUCUACCUCCCCAGUGUUAGAAAUGUUCACUUCUAUUUCUAUAAACCAUAGUACUGUGUACCAAUAGAAUUUGACAUUAUUGACUAAAUGAAUGGAAGCAAACAAUAACUAGCUUUUUACAUAAUGCUAGAGAGAAUGUUUUGGUAGAACUUUCAUUUUUUGUUUUGAACAUUUUCUCAAAACAGAUGAAGAAAUAUACACUCUUGAUUUUUGUUUUAUUUUGCUUUACUACUUCCUUUAAGUGCAACAGUAUGUAUCUUGGAGGGCUGUCAGAGGAUAGAUAAUUUUUCUACCUUGCUCCCUAUUCUUUAAACUAUUUUGAAUAGCAAUUCACUGAGCCAUUCAUUGCUGGUUGACUGUGCAUAGUUGCUAGCUGACACUAUUGUAAGCAUUUCAGAGAGCCUUGUGGAAAUGAAUGUAAAGGGGAAGGAAGACUUUCUUUUACUUGAGCCCUAGGAGUACAUAUUGAUUCUUGGAAACAAAGGAGGACAGUGAAAGUAUCCCCCCUAUUCUUUGGCUAGUUUGGGGUGUUGUGUUACUGAACUUCUUGUAUAGGUUUGGGGGUCUUGCUGCAGGCUAAUAAUUGGGUUUAAGUGUUUUUUUGUUUUUGUUUGUUUUUAAUAAACCAUUUAAGGGAUCCUAAAGGAAAAACAUCUCUAAAAAUGUAUCCUCUGGCUUGCUGUAAUGUCUGUUGCCUUUUUAUGUUAAGCUAAGGAACUUGAAUGCCUUACCUAGUAACUCAACUAGUAGUAAGCUCAUUGUGUAAAUACGAAAAGAGUUGUCAGAGGAGUGGCAUUCAUAUAUACGCAUUGUUACACUGUUAGCCAAUAGACCAUAGUGGCCUGGAUGCUUUAACGAGCAGAAUUCCACGUUUCCCUCUUGUUCCUUACAUACUUAUAUGCCCUUACCUGACCAAUUAUAUUUGAUCUCCCACCUUCUCCCUCCUAAUCCCCCUCUCACCCCCCACUAUCACCAUUGUCUGGAAAUCAAGAGACGUGGUAGUGAUCUAUAUUGUUCUCAUGAUCAUCUGGGAUCAACAGGAGCACAAAACCCAUCAACUAGGUCUGCCUGGAAUGUAUAUAAAACUGUAAAUAAAAAAAUUGUAAAUUAGUGUGAAUUACACCUUGCAUAUGAGAUUGUGUAUUGUUCUGCAUUCUCAUCCCUUUUGUAGAGCUUUUUCUGUAAGGAAAUGACACAGUUCUUUGGUUUUAGACUGGAGUAGUCUAAACAGUUCUUGGCUGCACAGUAGAAUAAUAAGAAGAACUGGAAAUAGGGUUUAUCAGAUUUUGUUAAUGUCACUACUUAUUUAUUUAACCUCUCAGUGCCUAAUAUGACUUUUCUUCAUUCUCUUAAUUGGCUGUUAGUUUUUGUGGGGUUAGACUCUUACAAGCAGUAAAUUAAUGCAUUGCUAGUUCUCUGAACUAAAAAUACGAUUUCAUGAUUACAAAAUGAAGUAUUAGUCUUUCUUGUUAUUAAGGCAGUUAACAAGUACACACACAGACACAUACAUUCAUUCCCUGGAUGUUUUCUAGAUUUCGCUGUGAAUCCAAAUUCCAUGUUAUACAAAAGAUAAAUAAUAUCAUUUCUUAGUUGAGCUUAGCACAUCUCAGUUGGUCUCUCUAAAUAUAAAGUUAUUUGCUGUAGGACUGUAAAAGGAGAAAAAGCGUUAAGUGAUCUUUUAGUCACUGCUAUUUCCAUUUUUUGUUAGCUAAAAAUACUUAAUUUUACUUCAUAAAUGUGUUAUUAAAGCUUCCAGAUUUAAAGAAAAAAAGUUCCUUCACUCAAAAGUUCAGAACCUCCACUUUUACAAUUAUUUAGAUAUAUUUUAUAUUUUUACACAAAGCUUUCUGUAACAUUUUAAUUCCUUUCAUACUAUAAAUUAGAAUAUUAUCGGUUUGACUUUCUGCUUCAAAUUGUUCCUAAGUCCUUUUUGCUGCAUUCCAAAGUGAUAUAAACUUAAGCUUUUAAUAUUAAUUAGUCAUUAAGUUGAUAGACAAAAGUUAACAGUGCUUUUAUGCUAGGGAAUUUUUGUUAUUGACAUCAACUUGCACUGCUUUACACAAAAGGCAAAUGGUAGUCAUUAUUAUGCACAGAGGAAAAUAAAUUUUAAGUUGUGGUAAAGCAACUUUAUCUUGAUACCAAAAUUGAUCUGCUCUGUUUUUUCUUCUUUUGCUCAUUAAGUUUUAGGAUGUCCUUUGACUGGAGCUUCAGUUACAUGUUACAGAAAUCGGCUUUGUUUUUAAAGGAAGACAGUAACUACAUGGAACCAUCUUUUUUUUUUUUUCUUUAAGAUUUUAUUUAUUUAUUGAUGAGAAAGGAGGAGAGAGAAAGAACCAGACAUCACUCUGGCACAUGUGCUGCCGGGGAUGGAACUCAGGACCCCAUGCCUGAGAGUCCAAAGCCUUAUCACUGCACCACCUCCCGGACCACUGAACCAUAUGUGUAUAUACUUUUUAUUGUGUGAUUACAGUAUUAUGGACAGGAAAGUAGCAAUUAUUUAAAACAAAAUUUCCCCAUUUUUGAAGCUUAUUUUGUAAAUGUGUAUUAAAAAAUGCUUGGAUUUGCUUUACUUGGAUACUUGAGAACUGAAAUUAAACAAUGAAUUAGACAUUUUUAAAUGAAUUUUUAUCUAAAAGUUUCAUUUCUGGUGCAUAGUUGAAGUGGAUAGAAGAUCUUAACUACUUGAAUGGAAAAAAAUUGAUAGUGCUUAUGUAGAAAAUACUCUUUAUAUUUGAGGAAUCCUUCACUCAAGUUUUAAAAGUAGGGUUCUAUCCUGAAAUCUGCUUUCUCUUCAAUUUCUAUACCAAAUACACUUAUUAUGCUACUGAUGUUAUCAAAUAGCAGGCUAGGAUAAUCUCUGUAUGCAUUAUGAAUCCUGUAGCAUAUCUAGGUAUGAAAAAAUGGUUAUGUAAAAUAUUCACAAUUCCUUAGCACAGGCAUAUUUUUGUUUACAUCAUAUCCAUUAAUAGCAUAAAUAUCAUUAUCUAAAAUAAGAGCACUUAAAAGAUGCUUAUAAAUAUUGAAAACAUUAUCCAUCACAUUGGGACUAGUUAGUAAAGGAUAAGAAAAAACUGGCUGAAUUGAAUGGCUCUACUAGUUAAAUUUCAAGACUAUUGCCAUAAGAAGAACUUGCAGAGAAAGCUUCUAGUCCGUGUAAACUAUGAAUAGCUCCUCUGACCCAGGAAAGAUGCCCCCCUUCCCCCUCAAAGUAGUGGAGGAAAUGAGAGUAUUCACUUGCCAUCAAUGUGGUGUUCUGCUACUCAAAUGUAUAUAGUAAGAUACUGAAAUGAAAUUCAAAAUUCCUGUUACAUGUGCUGAAGUAAUGGUAAAUGGGUGAAAUCUGCAGAGAGGAAGCUUCAAAUGUACUGUAUUUAGGAGUCUUGUACAACUGGGCAAAGUUCCAUGAUAUAUGAAGUAUUUGCAUUUUAAGGUAGCCUAUUUCAAAGACUAAGACAUGGAAUUAUUCCGUGCACUUAAAUAAUGAUAAUAUCAUUCAGUUUCAGAGGAAUAAAACCAAACAAAUAAACUUGUCAGUGUGUUAGCUGUAUGUUGAAUUGGGAAACUGUGGCAUAAAGUUUAAAUUUGUGUUUAUCAAAUGUGAAACAUUGUAGUUUAAUGCUGCUUUGUAAAUACUGUAAGUGCUCCAAAUAGUCUCAGCACUGAACAAUGUAUUGAUACCUCUCAGAUGAAUGCAACUUUUCAUGUAGGUGUUUUGAUACGCCUCAGAAAGUAUCUGAGUGUCUGAGAACCUGUUAAUCUGUUUGGUAAUGAAGAUACUUCCUGUUUUCUGUUGCAUAUUUUCAUGUUUAAAUUUUUACAUUUUUUCUACUGUUAAGUAAAAUUUGUUUUGUGGAUAAGAUGGGGUUGAGAGUGAAGAAAAUUAAAAAGCCUCAUUCAUGUAACAGAUUAAGUCAAAAUACAGUUUUGCUCUAUGUUCAUGAACUUUGAAGAAACCCUUUCUGUUGAAGUAAAUGACAUUUGGGCUUUAUUUCUGUUUAGUAAGGCCAUUUACCAUUGAUUAAAUGAAGGAAUGUAUCUUUUUGCAGAGAUUUAUAUUCUGUAAAUAAAGAUUGGUUGUAACAAUAAAGCUGAGCUCUAACUGCA